UCAUCUUCUCCUUUUUUACGUAUUCUUAGGCAUUCACUUGCUGUCUAUGGUAUUAACAUUUCCCAUUCUGAUAUAGAGAUGUAUCUUAAGGUGGUCAGAGAAUGGAAUCCCUGGUUCCCGGAGGAAGGAUCUAUGGAUGUAGAUAAUUGGAAACGGGUCCGUCACAAUUUUGAAAAGGCUAUGAGGCAAGGUGAAAAAAUUCCAAUUCGGUUUUGGUCUAUCUGGUCUAUUUUAUAUACAAUGUUUAAAGCUAUGGAGGAAGAAAGAUUAAUUGGCAACUUACAAAAGGAGUUAGCUCCCUCUAUUUUAGAUCUCCCUCUGGAUGUUAGUGAAAAAGAAGAGGUAGUAAAAGAUACGCAACAAUUGACUCAUAAUUCUUCACAAAAUUCUGCUGAUUUAAUUGGUACUGCUACAGAAAAGAAAACGAAAGUAAAAACGAUGAUUGAUGAUCGCUCCGUUUCGGAGCAAUUCAAACUUGUUAUGGAGGAGGUUCUGGGACGUCUUAAUAAAUUAAAAGCUAAAAUAGACCCUAAGCCUUUAUCGGAAACCAGGCCCUCUGCCCCUCCGGCCACCAACCCUUUCUUGGCAGCUUCUUUAAAGGCUGUCCAGGAAAUGGACUCAGAACCUUCUGACGAUGAGGACAAAACUCCUUUCUUUGCUUUUCCUAUAAUCAGGCCUGAUCCAGUUAAUGGAAUGGCACAUCCACCUCGGUAUGAGGGGAUUGAAAUUGAUCGUAUUAGCAGAUUUAAAAAGGCAGUGACAAUGUAUGGACCUCAAUCUCAUUAUGUAAAAGCAUUGCUUAAUGCUUUUUCUACUCAUUACAAUAAUUUUGCUCCUGAGGAUUGGAAGAUUGUGGGCCGUGCUCUUCUACAGGAACCUGAAUAUCUUCAAUGGCACAUAUGGUUUUUAGAAGGAUGUGCCACUAAGGCUAGAGAAAAUGGUAACAGUCAAAACCCUGUUAUUCGUGCCAUAGGAUACCCUAUGUUAUCUGGCACUGGUAUGUAUGAUGACAUUCAACAUCAAAUUAAUAUUCCUCCUGAGAUUCAUGAGCAAUUGAAGGAAAUAGCUUUAGAAGCUUGGGACAAAAUUAGACCUUGUAUUGCUCCAAUACAUAGAAAUUAUGUAAAAUGUUAAAGCAACUAUAUAUGUUUAAAUUGUGUGUGUUGAAGAUUAGGAAAAAAGAUAAUGGUUAUUUUUCCUAAAUGAAAUAACAUUCUUCUCUCCACCAAUUUUUUUUCUGAAGUUAAUGACAUUUAAGUCAAAGUUUUAUUAAAAGCUACAUUUUAUAACACUGGCACAAAAAAGCAAUUUUAAGCUUGUUUGCACAGUUCUUUUUUUUUUCCAUUGGAAAUGGAAUUCAUUGCCUUAGGUCUUUUUAAAUAGUGUAUUAUCGUUGGGGCUAACUCUAUGCUCAAAAACCAGUUUAUUUAUAACCUGUUGUAAGUGCUAUAUUCUGUUUACAGUUAGGAAAUGCAAAAUUUUAAGUGAUCUCCUAGCUUGUAAGCAAACUGAAGAUGCACUAUCCCUUUUCUAUAUAAAAAUAAGUUAAUAUAUCAAUAAAUCAACUCAGCAAGGUGGGUUUAAUAUUACCCUUUCCUAUGUGUUUUAUCUAAUUCUUUUGGUUGUUAAUAUGGUGAUAAAUGAAAGUCAAGGUAAAUUUUAAAUAUUAAGAUUUCCGAUUUAUUGAGCUUGAAUUAUGCCACCAUGCUUAUGUAAAAAUGAAGGUGGCACCAUGGUAAAACUUAAUGAGAAGUAGUUUCUCAGUUGUAAUAAUUUUGAUUUCUCUUUCUUGUGAUCUCUCCUUCCCUGUUGUCUUGAACCAUAGCAAAAGGAUACUACAUCUCUCAUUACUAUAGUGAUGAGGUUAUUGAAGUUAUAUAAACACAUCUCAAUCUCUGUUUCUUUAAAAGGUAUCUAUUAAGUCCUGCUAGGUGAUUGACAAGACUAAAUAGAGAGAAUAAAGGUAAAUGUGAUUCAUAUUUUGCACACAAAUGCAGAAUUUUAUAACCACAUGACUUCAUAGUUAUGAUCUCAAAAAAAUUUCUCCUUUAAUUUUUCUUGCAGUUAAUGUAAGAAUACUCUAAAUCUCUAAGCUUCUGAAAUAUUAAAAGUAAAAAUAAUCUAAUAAAGAUGUAAUUUAUCCAUUUAACAUGUUUAUUUUUCCUUAUGUACUCAAGGUGAUUUAUCUGUUCAGCUCAGUGAUAUUGCAGCUAAAAAACAUUCAUUAGCAAAAGGAGAAACAAUCUACAUCUAACAGAGGAAUCAAAAAUGUUUCUUAUUUUUGUUGAGUUAAAUGUUUGACUCUAACACUUUUCUACAUACAAAACAUAGAUUCUCCAAAAAUAUUAUGCCAUAUGCUGACCAGAUUGCAUUAUUAAUUGAACAAGGAAGACAGAGAAGUAUAACUUUGACGGGCAAUGACAUUUCUCACAUAAUUACCCCAUUACCUAAAGACCAAUGGACUUACUUGGUACAAAUGACUGAAAUGCUACAAAUAGCGUUGGCUGAAUAUACCGGAGGUAUUUCCUAUCAUUUCCCCAAGGGCAAAUGAUGGGCCAUGUUAAAACGUCAACAUUUUGUAAUCAAUAAUAUUAUUAGUGAAUAUCCUUUAAACAAUGUUGUUACUGUGUUUACUGAUGGAUCAAAAACUAAAAGUGCUUAUUGGACAGAGAAUCAAUAUUGGGUUCAAAUAACAAACUAUCAAUCUGUUCAACAAAAUGAAUUAUUUGCAGUCAUUCAAGUUUUAAAUGAUUUUGAUAAUCAAGACAUUAACAUUCUUACUGACUCUAUAUACAUGAUGGGAGUAGUUAAAAAUAUAUUUACUGCAGUAGCUUAUUCUAAUAAACCUACUCUACAAAAUCUUUUUCUUACUUUACAAAAACUUUUACAAGGUCGUAAUGCUCGCAUAUUUAUAGAUCAUAUUAGAUCACACUCUAAAUUACCAGGAUUUUUGACAUAUGGUAAUGCUCAGGUAGACAAAUUAGUGAUGUUCAAAACUCCUCAAGAAGAACAUAAUCUGUUUCAUUCUAAUGCCGGACAUUUACACAUUAAAUAUAAGAUUCCAUAUAAACAAGCAAAACAAAUUAUUAAAAAUUGCCCAGUUUGUCGACCUUUACAUCUUAGGAUUGUACCUUCCAGAGUAAAUCCUAGAGGGAUUCAACCUAAUGAAUUAUAGCAAAUGGAUGUUACACAUGUUCCCUUGUUUGGACGUUAUUCUUGUGUUCAUGUUACUAUUGACACAUACUCUAAAUUUUUGUGGGCUAUGGCUCAAAUUGGAGAAACCACCCGUCAUGUUAUUCAACAUUUAGUGGAAACAUUUGCUAUUAUGGGAAUUCCUGCUAUGAUUAAAACUGAUAAUGGUCCAGCUUAUACUAGUAAAAAUUUUAAAGAUUUUUGCAAAUUAUAUGAUAUUGUUCAUCUAACUGGAAUAGAAUAUAAUCCACAAGGACAAGCUUUAGUAGAACGUGUACAUGCUACGCUUAAAACACAAAUUAAAAAAUUAAAAAGGAGGAAAAUGACAGAUUUAAAUAUGCACUUGUUUAGACAUUUACAAAAUCAACCUAAAGCAUUGUUACAUCAAGCCUUAUUUAUUUUAAAUUUUCUUAAUCUUCCACAAGGAGAAAUAUUGACAAGAGCAGAACGACAUUUUGAGCAAAAAACCUUAGAAACAGUUCAUGAACCAAUUUGGAUAAAAAUUGCAGCAGAUGCUGAAUGGCAGCCAGGGAUUUUACUUUAUAGAGGAAAGGGCUAUGCUUAUGUUUCAACAGAAAAUGGACACCGGCAGUGGCUCCCAGGGCGGUGGAUCCAGACCCGUCACAAUCAGAACGGCACCAAGGGGGGCACCCUAUCCACUACCCCAGCCGAGGAAUCAAGAUCCUGAGCUUGAUGUUUCGGUGGCAGCAAUGGCGCGUCUUCAUCUUGGGGCCCAACGUCGUCGACGUCUUAAUUUCUCUCCCUUACCUACGUGGGGUCAAAUUAAAAAGCUGAGUGGGGAAGGGCAGAAGGUGCUGUAACAAACAGGGAAGAAUUGCACCCCAGAAAAUUUAUUUCUGGCUAUGUGUGCAUUAUUGACAGUGUCUUCCGCUUCUGAGAAUCCCGCCGAAAGAGAGAUGGAAUGAAACCAUUCAGAACGACAAAUUGAUGGCCUGGGGUGAUGGCGGAAUUGCUGAUCCACGCUUGGCUUCAGUGCAGUACCCUCAUCAUUUACAAACACAUUUAUGGAAAAUUGCUGCUGCAAUUAAACCUGUAAUUUUGUCUAAUGGCUCUUUCUCUGGGACUAGUCAAUCUGCUGCUUCUUAUAAUUUUACUGUAUUUAAAGAAUAUAAUAUAACCACAUGUGUGCCCAUGCCAUACCUGUUCUUAAUUGGAAAUGUUACUUUUGAUGAGGGAAUUUUAUGCUUUAAUUGUAAAUUGUAUACCUGUAUUAAUACAUCUCUUUCUAUUCCUUCUGGUUAUUCCAUUGUGCUGUUACAACAGCGCUCUCACAUUUGGCUUCCUGUGAACUUACAAAGAACAUGGUCCCAAGAUCCUGUAAAUACUUUGGUUUUGGAAUUUUUUAGACAAUUAUUAAAACGUACUAAACGGUUUGUGGGAGUUGUUGUUGCUGUAAUUCUAAGUCUUAUCGCAGUGACUACAGUUGCUACAGUUUCAGGGAUAGCUUUACAUACUUCUUUACAAACAAAACAGUUUGUUGAGGAAUGGCAUAAAGAUUCGCAUGAGUUAUGGCUAUCCCAGACUCAAAUUGAUUCUAGACUUCAAACUCAAAUAGAUAUUUUAAAACAGACAGUUAAUUGGUUAGGAAAAAAGAUACUCACUUUAGAAAAAGAAAUUAGAUUAAAAUGUGACUGAAAUUCAACUUCUUUCUGUAUAACUAAUGUACAAUAUAAUCAAAGCUUACACGAAUGGAGUAUCAUACAAAAUUAUCUUGAUGGUAAUGAUACAGCUCAAUUAAUGAUUGAUUCUUUACAAAAGGAUGUAUUUGAAAUUUUUAGAAAAGGGUUUCAACAUGAUGAUGCUGCACAAAUAGCUGAAUUGUUUUUAAAACAGUUAGAGGGAUUAGAUCCCAAAGGAAUUGCUCAAAGUCUUACCCAUAUGGCUGGAGGAGUGGGAAUAGUGUUAUGCUUAGUUAUUAUCCUGUUUAUAAUUACAUAUUGUAUGUGCAUAAGACCAUCUCAAAACGCUAUAUUAACUUUGUGGAAAGCUGUUUUAGAAAAGCAAAAGAAAAAAGAAGGAAUUGUUGGGAUUUAAGUGUGCAGAGUUUAGCUCCCUCAGGCCUGACAUUUUGCAAGAGCUGUGGCUGUGAUUUAGGUUAGCUGAGGCAAACCUCAGCUAGGAGGAGGAAAAGUUCUCUUCCCCUUAUCGCAAGUCACAAGUUCUGCAUGGUUUGGCCAAGAAGAAGAAGCUUCCUGCAUACUUAUCCUGGGAACAGUACAUUCUGAAGAAACAAAUGCAUCCUCAGAGGAGUAGAUAAUGUCUACAAAGAACUUUAGGAGGGUACUUAUCAAACAAACAGGAACAAUUUGAAUCUAGCUCUGUGAAUCUGCUGAGGCAUGAUAUUUGGACAAUGUGGACAACGUGAUAUUAAAGAAUUGCUUGCUUUGUUAGAAGAAGUGUAUAAAAGGAACUUGCAAAUAAACUUCAGCAUGCAGUUGCGAUUGCUGCCUUGGCUCUGCA